AUGGAUCUCAAAGUAGAAACCGAGGAGCUGGACUCGGAUCGACCUCCACCCAUUGAAGUUUUUGCGCACAGCUCGACCCUGCACGGCAUCUCCCACAUCUUCACGUACGAGCGCUUCUGCAUCAAACGCUGCCUGUGGCUCGUGUUCUUCCUGGGCUCCCUCACCUUCCUGCUGUACGUGUGCGUGGACCGGAUCCACUUCUACCUGGAGUACCCGCAUGUUACCAAGCUGGACGAGGUGGCGACCUCCAUCAUGACGUUCCCCUCGGUCACUUUCUGCAACCUGAACGCGUUCCGCUUCAGCCGCGUCAUGCGCAAUGACCUGUACCACGCAGGGGAGCUGCUGGCGCUGCUCAACCAGAGGUACGAGAUCAGAGACAUUCACCUGGUGGAGGAGAGCGUCCUGGAGAGCCUGAAGGUCAAAGCCGACUUCCACAAUUUCAAGCCGCGACCGUUCAACAUGCGGGAAUUCUACGACCGGACGGGUCACGACAUCCACGAUAUGCUGCUCUCCUGCCACUUCCACGGCACUGAAUGCAGACCGGAGGAUUUCAAAGUGGUCUUCACUCGCUACGGGAAGUGUUACACCUUUAACGCAGGCGGUGAUGGACGCCCCCCCCUCCUCACCACCAAGGGAGGCAUGGGUAACGGUCUUGAGCUCAUGCUGGACAUUCAGCAGGAUGAAUACCUGCCAGUGUGGGGAGAAACAGACGAGACGUCGUUUGAAGCCGGGAUCAAAGUUCAGAUCCACAGUCAGGACGAGCCGUCGUUCAUUGAUCAGCUCGGCUUCGGGGUGGCCCCCGGGUUCCAGACAUUUGUUUCCUGCCAAGAACAAAGGCUGAUAUAUCUCCCCCCGCCCUGGGGAGACUGCAAGGUGACGCCCAUGGACUCGGACUUCUUCGAUACCUACAGCAUCACAGCCUGUCGCAUCGACUGUGAAACACGCUACCUGGUGGACAACUGCAACUGCCGCAUGGUGCACAUGCCUGGCGAUGCACCGUACUGCACCCCCGAGCUGUACAAAGAAUGUGCUGACCCAGCUCUCGAUUUCCUGGUGGAAAGAGACAAUGAUUUCUGUGUUUGUGAGACACCGUGCAACAUGACCAGAUACAGCAAAGAGCUGUCCUUCGUCAAGAUCCCCAGCAAGGCCUCCGCCAAAUAUCUGGCAAAGAAAUACAACAAAUCUGAGCAGUAUAUAAAGGAGAAUCUCCUGGUUUUAGACAUAUUUUUUGAGGCUCUCAACUAUGAGACUAUUGAACAAAAAAAGGCUUAUGAAGUGGCUGGACUUUUAGGUGAUAUCGGUGGUCAGAUGGGACUUUUCAUUGGAGCAAGCAUCCUCACUAUUCUAGAGCUGUUUGACUACUUUUAUGAGGUGAUCAAGUACAAGCUUUGUCGCUGCUCCGAUAAGAAGCAUAACAACGCUGACCAGGGAACAGUCUUGAGCUUGGAUGAUGUCAAGUGUCACGUCAGUAACUUUCACUAGGCCUCUGCAGCCAAGAGGAGGAGCCACUCCUUCGUCUCUGAGCGGCUUCAUGAACUUUGUUCCCUGCAGUUUGCUCAAGCAAACUCCUGCAGCAACAGGGAACGUGUCUGAAUUGUCUCUGGUGAAGGUUUAUGAGCAACAAGGUGAAAAACGAUAAUGUGGCCAAAGUAAGGAGAAGGCCACCAGACACCAGUUAUCAACAUGUUGUGAUGAGUUCAAAAAACGUUAGAAUAACUGCAUGGUCAUCUGUAAACAGCUUUUAAAGACAUAGCAACAGAUUCAGUUAACAGGGGCAUGAACCUAACGAAGGUUCAUAUGUGUUCAGUUAAACAGCGUUAGAUAUCCCAGAUGUGCCGUGGUGAUUUUAUCAAUUUGUAGAAUUUUUUUGUAAAAUAAUUGGUGACAGAUUUGUUUUCACUCACAAAAUGUCAUUAGUUUUAUUUUGAGAUGUGCAUGCCCCCACUGUAUAUUUAUUUUCGCUUUUAUAUUUCAACAUAACGCUUUAUAUUACAGGUGUGUGAAUUCCAUUAUAUUUCUCCCAAGAGGUUUCCUGGAAAUAAACAAAUGAAGAGAGGUCAAAAAGAGAGAGGUCAAAUAGAGAGCGAUCAGUUGGUUUACCUCCAGUUAUCUUUAAAUGCUAAGUUACCACAACCUUGACAUUUUAGUCAGAAGAUAGCGGGUGAGCUGAACUUGCUAAUUCUGAAAUGUGUCUAAAAACAAACAUGCCAUUCAGCAUAUAUAAGGGAUAAAAUGUCCCAUUGUAAAUAAAUUAGUACGAAAUUUUCAUUAGGGUUUAAAUAGGCCAAAUCUCCGCAUAGAAAUUGAUAUGGGAAUCAAUAUUAAACUCAAUACAGCUAACUUAACAAUAUGAAGCAAGUGUUUCUCUAUUGUUCCUGUUAUUGUACAAAAAAAAAAAACAUUUUUCCCGCAAACUACAGUAUAUUAGAAGAUAACAGACCUGUGAUGCUACUUGUUUGUUUUAAUCACAAUUUUUUUAUUAGAGUUUUUCACCAAAUUACAUUUUUAUAUUCAUGUCAUUCAACCUUAUCCUAUGUCAGUCUUUGUGCAUUUUGUCAGUUUACUCUACUACCUCAUCUUGCAGGGUGACGCCGCAAUGAAGACAUUGUAGAUCAUGUUCACCAGACAGAAAAGGCAGUGCCACUAUUCUCGUUAAUUUCUCCAACGGAAAGCGAAUAAGCACAUUUCCCAAAAUGGCAAAUUUAGUUACACACAAGCGGAAAUACAGUAGGAUAACUGGGCUAAAAUCUUUUUUUUCCAUUACUAAGAGAUGGAUCCACAGAAAUAAAAUUCACAAACCAGAUUAAGAACAAUAAUCUAAACUCUUCCCCAUGUCAACCAGGCACUUUACUUUAAGAUUGUCCUUCCCCUGUCAAUGAUAAUCACUGUGGAGUAGACUGUAGAUCUCAGAAGAAAUUAAGAAUAGAAAGAAGUGUGUCCUGUUAAAGAGUGGGCUACAAACCAGACUUCAGUACAUUCAGUCAAGGGAAUUUCAUACAUUUGUACACGUAUGCUGAUGCUGUUCAUCGUAUUUACCUGCAAAGAUAAAAUCAGUGAGAAUAAA